UUACCAGAGCUAGAUUAAACAAGUGGUUACAUUUAGUGCUCCACUGGGGGGAACGUGAUUCAACGGUAAUACACACAUUGUAUAUAUAUAAAUAUUUAUAUACAUCAUGUCGGUCACGCUGUGGAAUUCGAGAUUUUCUGUAACGCUGGUACGCCAGCAUGCGACGAUUUUAACGUCAACUACGACACUUGCUGCAAAUAGUUUAUACUACACGAUCAAUAGUUUCCAACCACAACAACGAAGAAAUCUAACAAAAAUAAUGAAGCCAGCUAACACAGCCUUGUCAGACAAGGGCGCUCGACGUACUUCGCAACAGUCUGGACGCAAUCCAACCAAAAAUUUGCAAGCCGGCCGCAACUCCCUUGAAAGCUCGACCAGCGAUACCGGCGUUAAUGUGCCGCCCUUUAAUCAUCCACACUGCGAUCGGCAGGCCAUGUACCAACAGCCUGUUCGCAAGGUUAAACCACUACGAGGCAACUAUGAUUAUGAUCUGGUUGUAAUUGGUGGUGGCUCUGGGGGCCUGUCUUGUGCUAAGGAAGCUGUGGCGCAUGGCGCACGCGUUGCUUGCUUGGAUUUCGUGAAGCCAACUCCCUUGGGCACCAAAUGGGGCGUCGGCGGCACCUGUGUCAAUGUCGGCUGCAUACCAAAGAAGCUUAUGCAUCAGGCGUCGCUCCUAGGCGAAGCUGUACACGAGGCAGCUGCCUAUGGCUGGAACGUCGAUGAUAAAAUCAAGCCUGAUUGGAACAAGCUCGUCUCCUCGGUGCAGAAUCACAUCAAGUCUGUCAACUGGGUGACUCGCGUCGAUCUGCGCGACAAAAAAGUCGAGUACAUCAAUGGUCUCGGUUCCUUUGUGGACCCGCAUACCUUGUCUGCCAAGCUGAAGAGCGGCGAUCGUACCAUUACCGCUCAGACCUUUGUGAUUGCUGUCGGCGGCCGUCCACGUUAUCCGAAUAUACCUGGAGCGGUAGAGUAUGGCAUUACCAGCGAUGAUAUAUUCAGCUUGGAUCAUGAGCCUGGCAAGACCUUGGUCGUCGGCGCUGGCUAUAUUGGCUUGGAGUGCGCCGGCUUCCUGAAGGGUCUCGGCUACGAGCCCACUGUGAUGGUGCGUUCGAUUGUGCUGCGCGGUUUUGAUCAGCAGAUGGCCAAUUUAGUGGCGGCCGCCAUGGAGGAGCGUGGCAUUCCAUUCUUACGCAAAACGGUGCCGUUGUCUGUCGAAAAGCAGUCCGAUGGCCGCCUGCUUGUGAAGUACGAAAACACGGAGACCGGCGAGGUGGACAGCGAUGUCUUUGAUACAGUCCUAUGGGCCAUUGGCCGCAAAGGACUGGUCGAUGAUCUUAAUUUGCACAAUGCCGGUGUAAUGACGCACAAGGACAAGAUUCAGGUGGACUGCGAAGAGACGACCAAUGUGCCCCAUAUUUAUGCGGUCGGCGAUAUUAUUUAUGGUAAACCGGAGCUUACGCCUGUCGCUGUGCUUGCCGGCCGUCUUCUCGCCCGUCGCCUGUAUGCUGACUCUGAACUACGAAUGGAUUAUGUUGAUGUGGCCACCACUGUGUUCACACCGCUGGAGUAUGCUUGUGUUGGCUUAAGCGAGGAGGAUGCUGUAAAAACGUACGGUGCUGAAGAGAUUGAGGUAUUCCAUGGCUAUUACAAGCCCACUGAGUUCUUCAUACCUCAAAAGAGUGUGCGCUAUUGCUAUGUGAAGGCGGUAGCCCAGCGCAGCGGAGAACAACGCGUCUAUGGACUACAUUAUAUGGGACCAGUGGCCGGUGAGGUUAUCCAGGGCUUUGCCGCUGCCCUCAAAUCAGGCCUGACUAUACCCACGCUGAUGAACACCGUGGGCAUUCAUCCGACCACCGCCGAGGAGUUUACACGUCUGAGCAUCACCAAGCGCUCCGGUCUGGAUCCAACGCCCGCCAGCUGCUGCAGCUAAACGGGGGAGACACUUUCCAUCAGAUUGUAUUUCUCUUCCCACACACGCACACCCACACACACAGCCACAUGCACAUCCCCACAUACACACUCGCUUCUGGUUAGGCUAAAAAGAUGCCGUGAUACGACCAACGAAUUUGAGAGUUGUUACAGCUUAGCGACAAAAGUUCAAGUUUUAAUUUAGUUUCGAUAGUAACAUGCACACACACACAUAAACAUACACACACUCACACACACAAUAGCUCAGCCGACUUACAAAACGGUGGUCAGGACAAAGGGCAGGACUUUCGGCUUCAGUCGAACUGAGCGUACAUCCACCCCUUCCUCCUUCCCAAGUAUCGGCCUCUGUGCGGUGUGCACUCAAAAUUACGAAAUUAUGUUAUAUGAAGAUGAUUAAAUAUUAAUAAAUAAAUCUGUAUUUUUACGGUACAAAAAUAUGAACAAUAGAAGUUUUUACCCGCA